CUCCAUUCAGCUUGUCGUAAUUUGGUCAUCUUCAAGUCUGUCAGUUCAAGUCGUCAGACAGGAAUCAAACAGCAGAAUCGAUAUCAUGUCUCUCCAGCAGUUUGACGGUCUGGAAAUUCCAGCUCCUGCUGAUUUCCAUGUUCACCUCCGCGAUGGACCUAUGAUGGAGCUUGUCACACCAACCAUCAGACAAGGAGGUGUCAACACCGUCUUCGUCAUGCCCAACCUCGUGCCUCCAAUCACAACCGUUCAGCAUGCUUUGGACUACAAGAAGAGACUCGAAGCAAUUGAACCAAACGUCAACUUUCUCAUGUCUUUGUACCUGCACCCCGACAUCACGCCUGAAGUAGUCAAGGAGGCUGUGGCUGCAGGUAUCACGGGCAUCAAGUCCUACCCUGCUGGCGUAACCACAAACAGCAGCGCUGGUGUUGUCAGCUACGAGCCCUUCUAUCCUGUUUUUGAGGAGAUGGAGCGCCAGAACAUGGUCUUGAACCUGCACGGUGAAGUGCCUGGUUCCAAGGAUAACGACAUUACCAUCUUGAAUGCGGAAGAGGCAUUCCUUCCCACCCUCAAGGGCUUGCACGAGCGUUUCCCCAAGCUGAGAAUCAUCCUGGAGCACUGUACUUCCGCGGCUGCUAUUGAGGCAGUCAAGUCUUGCGGUCCUACAGUCUCAGCUACCAUUACUGCUCACCAUCUGUUCUUGAUUGUUGAUGACUGGGCCGGCGACCCGCACUCGUUCUGCAAGCCCGUGGCCAAGACUCCCAAGGAUCGCGAGGCUCUGCUCAAGACUGUUGUAUCGGGCAACCAGAAAUUCUUCCUCGGUACUGACAGUGCUCCUCACCCAGCCAUCAACAAGCGUGGUGACAAGGUUGCAGCAGGUGUUUUCACCCAGCCUCAUGCAGUCGGAUACGUGCUCUCUGCUCUGGAGCAGGGUAUUGAACGCGGUGUUAUCAAGGCCGAUGAUGUCACUGAGGAAAAGCUCAAGGGCUUCCUCGGCUUGAAUGGCAGAAAGUUCUAUGGAGCUGAAGACAAGAAGGGCGAGAAAGUGGUGUUGAGAAAGGAUGGUGUCAAGGUGCAGAGCUUACUGAAGAACGCCGACGGUAGUAUCGAAGUCGUACCUUUCAGACGCGAUCAGAAGACAUGGAGCGCCGAGUGGAAGUAAAAACAGCAGAGUUCAAUUGUAAUGAUAGAUGGAUCUCUCACGAG